UGAGCAUGUCAGGUAGAAUUUCAGGUAUUGUCAUUGCUGAGCACAGCUUAUUUGUCAGUGUUUUUGUUCCCCCAUCGAGAUGUUUCCCCUGUUCAAAACUGGCUUUCAUGCAGCAACCCCCUCAAUGGUUGUGGUUAGGAUAAUACUAGGAUUCAGGUUAGGGGAAAGACAUUUUGAUGGGGAAACAGAUUUCAUCCCAACACUGACAGCAGGAGGUGUGUAUGUUCAUGAACUGUCCUCUCGUUUUUAGGAAGUGUCUCUCUGUUUUUAUUUUAUUUCACUUAAACUAAAAAAGCUGUGGAUUUCUACUAAAAUAGUUGAAUAGUAGUAGUGACAGUGGUCAGCUAUGAUCUGUUGGUUUAAAUGUCUUUAAGCUGUCAGACUCAUGAACAAAUACAGAAUGUACUUUCUCUCACUGUUCUUUAUGCUAUUAUGAAAACAGCUGUUAGUCAAGGUUGACUAGUAUGUGUGUGUGUGUGUGUGUGUGUGCACAUCUGUGGAGGUGUGAAACGGGUGCCCUGUGGUUUUCUGGGUGUUAAUUUGAGGAAGCUGUGGUCAGAUCUGGGUGGGCUGCUGGGUGGAGAAACAGAGAAAUUUAAGAAAGGGUUGAGCCAGAGAUCAGACCAGAUUGGACAAGAAGUGAGAUCAACACAUCACUGCAGAGUUAUUUAUGACCAUUAGACCUGAUAAACACUGAGAAACCACCCUGCAAGCAAGAUGAAGAAAGGGCCAGCUGUUAAUAAUGGCACUGUUAGUCCAGGCUGUACUGAUUGUAGCCCGAUGAGUGGAAAGGCGUCUAAAGAUGACCGCACAAGCCACAGGGUACAGAACAGAGACCGCAAGGAGAGACAAGGAUCAGGACAAGUCAGAAUGGACAGCCAGGAAUCCAGACAGCGUCCCUUGUUAACAGUUACCACCCUUAAUGCAACAACACGUUCUCACCAGCGACGGUGGUCAGCUGACCUUUGUAAGUGUGAGACCUCACCAGUCAUUAUUGUGAGGAAGAACAAGAAGGAACCACAGCCGCCGCAGCGUGGUGUAUCCCUCCUCAGACCUCACACAGCAUCCCAUUCUUCAAUCAAGCGUUACUCCUGCCCUCCCAGUGGGCUCUUUGCUUCACCAAGUCAGUCUUCAUCUUCCUCCCCCUCCUCCUCCACCACCUCAUCCUGCUCCUCUCCUCCCCCCGUGAAGACAUCCGACAUCACUGGCCACGACCCUCUAGGCUGGAAGCUGCGUCCCAAGCCCGUCUCUGCCGCCCCCCGUGCUUGCACUAACAGGUUAUCUCUGCAGGUUCCCCUCCCUGUUGUCUUCCCUGACCCCAACUCUGGUCCUACAUCUAACUCUCUGUCGGACAGCACUUCUAAUCCGGACCCCUCACCUAAACCCAAACCAUCCCGUCGCCGUUACUCCGACUCUUCAGCCUUCCCGAGAUCUCUGGUGACCCGGAUGCCUGCGGUGACACUUGAGGAACUCUGUGCUGUGCAUCUCUGCUCGGUCACCCAUUCUCAUGAGCCUGAUGAUGUCUUCACCGUGAGGAACGAAGAGGAGGUGAAGGUGACCACUCGACCACGCAAAAUACCACCACCUGUUCCAGAUAAAACCGCCACGGCCAGACAAAUAGCACAGCUGAUUGCACGUUCACUCUCACACUAUAGGCCUGUAACCACUAAAGAAUCAAAUAUGUACAGCAAUGUGAUGAAGCCAAAACAUUCACCUCACACUGUGCACCAUGACAGCCUGGGCGCUACAAAAACUGUAGGGCUGCGUCUAGAUGCCAGCUGUGACAGGGAGAAGUCUACUCCACACUUACCUGGCAGAGAAAUCUGAAGAGGACAGCCAAAGGUUCUUUCACCAACACCAUGUACUACCACAUUUUCCAAACAAAUUGAACAAAUUAAAGUAGAUGCAUGUAUGUUUGAAACUCCACCUCCCACACCCUAGCAAAAGAGUUUUUAGUUUUAUUAGGCACUGUGUUCUCUUUCUACUGCCACAUCUGACUUAUUUCCCUCUGCUGUGAAAAUGUGACUGUUCUUCCUGUCAGUUACAAGCUAGUGUAACUGUAAGAGGACAUCGAGUUUCAUGUGUAGGAAGAAACACACCCUGUUGAUGUUGCAACUUAUGCCGGUUGCUAAUAAUUAAUCCCUAAAUUAUAGUUGUAUAUUUGCCUGCAUGGUGCAUGAAAAACUGCCUUGUGUUUUGUUGACAGUAUGUUACUUAUGACAUGACAUUCUUUGUUGUAUAAAUAUGAACUUGUAUAAAGAUGAUCGCAAUAAAUCAAUCACCUACCUUUACGUUUAUUGAAUUUUUUAAGCUAGGGAGCCCUGUUGAAUAUAAUCCAACUCCUUUUGGUCAAAUAAAAACAAAAACAGUUUUUGGUGACCACUAAAGACAGUAUACAACUGAUUUUACAGACCGAGCAGUAUUCCUUCCAUUCCAACCACUAGCUACACUUGCUUAUCCUUGAGGAUUGCAGUGGGGCUGGGACCUAGUCAAUUCACACUGGACAAGAGGUGGGGGUAUACCCUGAAUGAGUCACCAGCUACCCAGUCACUCUCACAUUCACAAAUUCAGGCACGUUUUGGGACUGUAGGAGGAAACCCACGCAGGCAUGGGGACAAAUUGUAAACUCCACACAGAGAAGCUGCAGCUGUCUUCUCUAUGUGUGACUAGUACACUCUGUGAUGAAUAAAGUAAGAUGUGGAGGAC